GCAGUUAGUCAGUUGUGAAUCAGAUCGCGAAUUGAAACCGUCGAGUAAAGUAAAGUGCAAAGUAAAGUUGUGUGAAUAAAAUCAUUGUAAUAAUCGUAAUCCGAAAGAACCCGCGUUUUAUUUGGUACGAGCUGUAUUGGGAAAUAAAACAACGUCUACACGGGAUUAAGUAAAAUCCAAGAACGUAACAGUAUGCUGGAGAAGAUUAUGGCAAUGUGGAAUACUAUGAUGAGUACGCCCAUACUGGAGAUCCACAAUUGGAUCUGGCCUAUGAACGCAAUAACUACUAUCGCAUGCCGGAAAAUGUGAAAUAUUUCCUGCUCAACUUUUGCCAAGCUGUGAAAGACGGCGUCUUGUUUGACAUCCAGAACAUGUACGAGAAUACCUUUCCACAAAUUAGUGAUCAUCACUUUGAUAAGUCUGCCUGGCCUGAUGAGGAACAAGUAGCCGCCUUGGUUGACAAUGACAAUUUGUUCUUGAUUCUUUACAAGGAAUUGUACUAUCGUCACAUCCAUGCACGCAUUCCUGUGGAACAACGCAUCAAUUCGUUCUUCAACUAUUGUGAUUUCUUCAAUUUAAUUAUCUCUUCACAAAGUCCAGUUUUGUUCGAACUACCCGACAUUUGGUUGUGGGAAUUGGUUGAUGAGUUUGUUUAUCAGUUCCAGAAUUUCGCUCAAUACAGAGCUCGUCUGACCGACAAAACCCAAGAAGAAAUCCAUGAAUUGUGUGUUAACCACAGCAAUGUCUGGAGUAUUUUGUGCAUCCUCAACGUCUUACAUUCCUUGGUAGAUAUCUCCAAUAUUAAAAAACAAUUGGAAGCCAUCUCUCAGGGUAACGAUCCCCAGGCUGUUGCCGGAGAAUUUGGUGAAUUAUCAUUCUACAAAAUGUUGGGUUACUUCUCAUUGUUUGGAUUGUUGCGUGUCCAUUCCCUAUUGGGUGACUGCUAUCAAGCCAUCAAGGUCUUGGAACCAAUUGAAAUUCACAAGAAAUCCCAAUAUUCCCACAUCCCUGCAUGCCAGAUUUCUACAUCAUACUAUGUUGGAUUUGCCUACAUGAUGAUGCGCCGUUAUGCUGAUGCUAUUCGCACAUUCUCCGAAAUUCUGUUGUACAUCCAACGUACCAAGCAAUUGUACAGUACACGUUCAUACCAAAAUGAUCAGAUCAACAAACAAGCUGAACAAAUGUAUCAUUUGUUGGCCAUUUGUUUGGUCUUGCAUCCACAGUGUAUUGAUGAGUCUAUACAGCAGGUGUUGCGUGAAAAGAACUAUCACGAUGCCAUGUUCAAGAUGCAAUGUGGUGACUUGGAUGUAUUCAAAUCGUUCUUCCUCUUUGCCUGCCCACGUUUUGUUAGUCCCUGUCGUCCUGCUGCUGAUGCUCCCGUUGAAGAUUAUGUCAAAGAUCCAAUGGAACAUCAACUGAUGGUAUUCAUGGAUGAAGUACGACAACAAGCUGAUCUACCAACCACACGUUCAUACUUGAAAUUGUACACCACCCUGCCACUGGCUAAAUUGGCUUCAUUCAUUGAUCCUCAAGCCAGCGAAGAUGAUGUAUCGAAAUUGUUGAUUCGUCUCUUGUGUUUCAAGCAUAAAAUGCGCAAUUUGGUUUGGUCCAAGGGUUCCAGUGGUUUGGAAGGCACAUUUAAAUCUGGUUCAGAGUUGGGCUUCUACAUUGAUGACGACAUGAUUCACAUUGCCGAUACUAAGGUUUCCCAUCGUUAUGGUGAUUUCUUUGUGCGAAAAAUUCUGAAGUUCAAUGAAUUGAAUCGUAAAUUGAAAAAUAUUAACAUUUAAAUUUAUAUUUUAAUAUUAAUUCACAUAAAGUAGCAUCCAAUUAUUUUUAUUAACAUUGUAGUGUGUAAACGAUGACUUUUUCCAUGGAUUCUCGACCAAGAUUACAAGAAAUAAAAGAAAUAAGGCAUUCUAUAUGCCCAGAAGAAAAAUAAAAAAAAA